CUAAUAUCUGUGUCGUUUGGCGCCAAUUUUGGUUGGGUUUCUACAAGCAUUGCUCAAUUGAUGAGGCCCGAAACAAGUCGUCUGACCUCGGAGAUAACCAACGAUGGAUUGGGUUGGCUAACUUCCGUGAUGUCGAUUGGUGGGCUUCUGGGUAGCAUUGUCUUUAGCUGGUUGGCGGACAGAAUUGGUCGUCGAGCCUGUUUUCUUUUUAUGGGUACACUUGUUGCGGUAAACUGGCUCUUGAUUAUUUUUGCCCGCAAUCUCGUCCAAUUGUGCGUGGCACGUGUUUUAGCCGGAGCAAUCGGUGGCGGCUGCUUUGCGGUUAUUCCGGUUUACAUCACUGAAAUGACUGAGGACAGACUUCGUAGCACUUUGGGCACCUUUAUGUCCCUUAGCAUGUGCAUCGGCUUGCUGGUUAUGCACAUUCUGGGAUACUUCCUUGAUUAUGUGACGGUUGCUUGGAUUAUGCUUUUGAUUCCUGCAGCAUUCCUUUGCACCUUUUCGUUCAUACCCGAUACACCUGAAUACCUGGAACGUUAUCAUAAAAAAGGUGUGGAGAACUCUCUCAGAUAUUUUCGAGGUAUCUCUGCAAAUGAGAACGCACAGCUUCAAGCCGAGCUCACCAAAUUGUGCAAACCUUUCCCAUCAUUAGAAAAUGGCGAUCAAAGCGAGGACAACAAACUGCAUUUGAAUGACUUCACUAAUCGCAAGGCACGUAAAGCCUUUUUCAUUGGAUUUGGAAUUAUUUUGGCCAAUCAGUUGACCGGUUGUUUAACAAUGUCCAAGUAUAUCUCAGUCGUCUUUAGAGAUGCUGGCUCCAGUCUAUCGCCUAUUGGAUCGUCGAUCGUUGUCAUCCUCAUUCAGCUGGUGGGCACUUACUCGGCCACGUUAUUUGUGGAGCGAGCUGGUCGAAAGACUUUGAUGCUCAUCUCGACCGCUGGCAUUUGCUUGGGACAAGUUUCCAUGGCUUUCUAUUACUAUAUGGGUCAAUUGAAUAUUGAUUCUAGGCCUUUCAAUUGGUUGCCCAUUGCUUCAUUGUCAUUUAUAAUGUUUUGUAGCUCCAUUGGUCUGUUGGCAGUUGAUCACAUUGUAAUAAGUGAGAUCACACCUCCAAAAAUACGAAGUGUGAUUGUCAGAGUUCAUAUGGUUACAAUGUCCACGAUAUCCAUCUGCCUUGCAAAGGCGUUUCCUCAUUUGAGCGAAUCGAUGGGAAUUUCUGGAAUUGUUUCCAUGUUUGCAGUCUUUUCAUUCCUGCUAACGAUUUUUAUUGCACUUUAUGUACCCGAGACAAAGGGGAAAUCCAUUCAAGAAAUUCAAGCCAGCUUAUAAUAAAUAAUAGAUUAAUAUUCCUCAACUUUCAACUACCCGAAUUCAUUGUAAAAGAACAUAAUGUUCUUAAAAUG